AGGCUGAACAUGUUUAUGUGAUGCCAAUUGUUUUAAUCCACCAAAGAAAUGGAAUAAGCAAGAAUGAAAUGCCUGGAUAAAAGCAGAGAUGAUUCAUCUGUCUACGCUUACGUGCACUUUUCGCGCAUUUUAAUCCUCAUUACAGUUUCAGUCAAGUUUAGGCUAUUCGGCGGUGCAUUUAAAGCACUUUCAUGCUGUUCUCAAUAAUUGCUGGAUUACACCAAUUCCAAGGUUCGCCGACAAUGCGGUGGGUCACUUUCAAGAUUUGACCUGUUUCGACCGCAGCCCAUCAUUUUGGAUCUAAAUGCCUGAAUGAUGCUCUCCACGCAAAAACUCCUUUUCUUGGUUCUUAUUGUGCUUAAUACGACCUUCAUACCUUUGCUUCCAAAGGUGGAUGGCAACCCUUUAGUGAUGGACCCCAACAGCAUAUGCCGUAGGGCUAGACCUUUGGUAGGCAGACAUGCUGACCUAUGCCAGUCUCAGCCUGAGUUAAUUCAGGAAGUGGCAAAAGGUGCCAUGCAGGGCAUACGGGAAUGCCAACAUCAGUUUCUGAAUCGUCGUUGGAACUGCACUAGCCAGAGCAGAAGCUUAGCUAAAAUCUUGCAGCAAGAUAUCCGGGAAACUGCAUUUGUGUAUGCCAUCACUGCUGCUGGGGUGCUGCAUGCUGUAACACAAGCCUGCAGCCAGGGAAAGCUGCCACAGUGCGGCUGUGUGACCCUUCAGAGUUCCUCUGAAAAUUACCAUGAUUCCCAAGCUGAGGAGGUGCCCAAUCAGGUUUAUCCUGGCCGAGACAGGAACUGGGAUUGGGGGGGCUGUGGAGAUGAUGUAGACUUUGGCUAUGAGAAGUCCCGUCAGUUCAUGGACAUCAGGCAGCGAAAAGGCAAGAGUGACAUUAAGACUCUCAUUGAUCUGCACAACAACGAGGCAGGACGGCUGGCCAUACGAAUACAGAUGCGGACGGAGUGUAAAUGUCAUGGUCUUUCUGGUUCCUGCACUCUCAGCAGCUGUUGGAGGAAGAUGCCUCUCUUCCGUCAGGUUGGUGACCACCUCAUGCAGAGCUUCCAUGCGGCCAUCCGUGUGAUGGGAGGAAAUGAUGGUAAAUCACUUUUUCCCAUCAAUCCUGAUAACCCACAUCUGGAUGCUAACGUUCUCAUCUAUUCAGCUGAGUCGCCUGACUUCUGCCAGGCCAAUCAGAGGACUGGUACAGAAGGUACACAGGGCCGUGUGUGUAAUAGCACAGAGACAGGGCCGGGAGGCUGUGACAGCCUGUGCUGUGGUAAAGGAUUUGCUGACUACACUAUAGACUAUGAGGAGAACUGUCUGUGUCAGUUUCACUGGUGCUGUGUGGUUCAGUGCCAGAAAUGUUCUGUGAAAAAAGAUGUCAGCCUCUGUCUAUGAAGUCCACUCAAAGGGUUAAAGGACUAAAAAAAACUCUUGGAGAGCACAUUUGUAUUCUUUCCUGUGCGUAGGAGCAUCCUCUGCACAGAAAAAAGCAGUGAUUUGUGAAAACAGGUGCUUACCAUCCUCUUGCUCCACUGGUUAGUACUAAGAAAUAUCUGUAAAUCAGGUGGGAGUCAGGGCUUGUCUGGCUACUUUUAGAAAAUAAAUAUAUGGCAUACUGCCACCUGCUGGUUCAUUGCAAUAGUGAAAUGCCUUGAGGGAGAUAUAAUUUUCUCUGGAUACUCUUUAGAAGACAAACAUUUCUGUCAUCUGAAAUUAGACUGAGUAUGAAACCUGAAACAAAAACAUUCUCUAAAUAACAUGCUUGACAUAUUCAGGCUCUGUGGCCAUUUUCUUCUCUUGAAAAUAACUUUAGUCAGUACUGUCCAAGGUGCUGAAUCACUGACUGAUAGUUGCCCCUCAAAGCUGAGGAUGCAUUCAAUAUACAACUAAUUUGGAACAUUUAUGACUUGCUAGUCAUUUUGAGUCACUUUGACCCAGAGACAUAUUUUAGUUUAUGUUCUGAAGUAAAUAAAAGGAAAAUCUCAGCUUUCCAAUGAUAUAAUUAUUCUACUCCAAACUUUUGUCCAGAUGUAAUCAUUUAAAUAGCUGAUAUAAUAAUUUAACUGCUUUCCUUUUAACUUUAAUGAUAAAGCUCAAAAUUAUUACUCAAAAUGAUGGAGUCAUUUAGAUUGUAUAAUCUGAAAAUGUGCUUCAUGCUGUAAGAUCUAAAUGUAAGGGAUAGUUCACCCAAAACUGAAAAUUCUCUCAUCAUUUACCCACCCUCAUGCCAUCCCAAAUAUGUAUUAAUUUCUUUCUUUUACAGAACACAAAGAUUUUGAGAAGAAUAUCUUAGCUCUGUUGGUCCUUACAAUGUAAGUGAAUGGUGACCAGACAUUUGAGGCUCCAAAAAUCACAUUAAUGCAGCAUAAAUGUUAUCUAUAUGACUCCAGUGGUUAAAUCCAUGUCUUCAGAAGCGAUAUGAUAUGAUAUGAUAUGAUAUGAUAUGAUAUGAUAUGAUAUGAUAUGAUAUGAUAUGAUAUGAUAUGAUAUGAUAUGAUAUGAUAUCGUUUCUGUAAACAUUAGGGUGAGUAAAUAAUGAGAGAAUUUUCAUUUUUGGGUGAGCUAUCACUUUAACUUUUAUUACAUUUAACAAUGUUAUGUAAUCUAACAAAAAUUUCCUGACAAAUUAGAUAACACCAAUGAAUGUAAUUUGUAUGGGUUAAAUCAAGUCGAAAUAGAUCUUUAAGGCACAAUUGCAGGUUCAAACUUUGUUUAGUGUAUUUUACAUUUUCCUGCACAAAGUGCACAUACUAUUAAUUAAUUAUAUAUUUGUUGUAAAUAGUACAUAACAACAAGAGAAACAUGCUUUUGUAUAUAUAAUAGUGGGUUUAAUCACAUUGUUGACAUUAUACGAAUUUAUGAUUUAUCUUAUGCUUGUCUACAAAAGAAUCUCCACAAGGUGUAGUAAAAGUAUGUAUAAGUAUGGCCCUUCAAUUCUGCAAAAAAUGUCUGAGGCUACUGAUAGCAAUGCACCUGUACCCAAGGGGUUUACAGUAAAUUACCCUUUAGUUGUGGUUUGUUAUCUAUGAAAGAAAGGUUGGGUGAUGUAAAUCAUUGAAAUUGUUUGAUUUGAAAUAUGAGUAUGAAGUACAAUUCAUUGUUUUUGUUCCUUGUCUAUAUAUAUAUAUAUAUAUAUAUAUAUAUAUAUAUAUAUAUAUAAUCGACCCACUCUGUCGUUAUCUGACAAAACCUAGAAAGUGGUGUUAUGGGUCUUUGCUGUCCUCUCUGUGUCCUUCUCCACCUAAUAUUCUUUUGCACUUUACAUAAGGUUACAAAUUAUAUUAGCUAUUUGUUUUGCCAAUUGUUUUUAAAUAUCAUCUCUAGCAUAGUAGAACAAGACAAAUUUAAUUUGAGGAGACAUUUUAUGUGACCCUUAUUCGAAAAAGCCUCAUAAAUCAGAUACAACAUGGUUUGCUUUAAAUUAAUAUUCCGGUUUCAAACAAGUUAAGCUCAAUCAACUGCAUUUUUUGAAUAAUGUUGAUUGCCACAUCCCUUUUAUUCUCUCCAAAAAAAGAAGAAGCAAAAAUCGAAGUUGCAGAGAAGCACUUAUAAUGGAAUUGAAUGGGGCCAAUUUUUGGAGGGUUAAAAUGCAAAAAAUGUAAUCUUAUAAUUUUAUAAAAGCAUAAUUCUUCUGUUAAAACCCAUGUAUUAUCUGUGCUGUAAAGUUUUUGAAAUCAUCAUUAUUGCAGUUAUUAUUAUAUUAAAGUCAAAAUUAAUAUUUGUGUUAAUUAAUAUUAUGCCACAAAUGCUAUCAAUUGAGUAUAACUUGUAUUGAAUUUGGAAUAUUCCUUUAAAUCUACUGAUAUGAACAUGUUUUUGUGAGGGUUAGGUUUAGGGGUAGGUUAAGGGUUAGGGUAUAAAAACUGUAUAAAAAGCAUUGAAUUUAAUAUAAUGAUAAUCAUGUAGGAUGUAGGGUACAAUUGGACUAAAGUC